CCGGAAGUUCCCUGAAAAUGCAGAACUGCUCUGUGGAAGUCUCCCGGGCUGUAGUGACUGGAGUCUGCUCUCGGGCCUGAGCCCUCCGGCCAGGCUCCUCGGUGUCGUUAAUGUUCGGGGCCGCCGGGCGCCAGCCGAUCGGAGCUGCAGCCGCCGGGAACAGCUGGCAUUUCAGCAGAACCAUGGAGGAACUGGUGCACGACCUGGUCUCAGCCCUGGAGGAGAGCUCGGAGCAGGCCCGAGGCGGCUUUGCUGAAGCGGAGGACCACUCUCGAAGUCUGCCCUGCCCUCUGAAACGCCAGGCCCGGAAAAGAAGAGGAAGGAAGCGGAGGUCGUGCAGUGGCCACCACCCAUGGGAGACUGGGUACUGCCUAAGCGAAGGCUCUGAUUCUAGUUUAGAAGAACCAGGCAAGGACUAUAGAGACAGUCACAAUAACAGUAAAAAAGAUCACAGUGACUCUGACGACCAAAUGUUAGUGGCCAAGCGCAGGUCAACCUCAAACCUAAACAAUAAUGUCCGAGGGAAGAGACUUCUGUGGCAGGAGUCUGACUUUGCUGUUGACAACCUGGGGACCAGAACUCUUCGUAGGAGGAGAAAGGUGAAGCGCAUGGCGGUGGAUGUCCCACAGGAUGUCUCCAACAAACGGACAAUGACCCAGCCACCUGAGGGUUGUAGAGAUCAGGACAUGGACAAUGACAGAACCUACCAGUAUCAAGAAUUUAGCAAGAACAAAGUGAAGAAAAGGAAGUUGAAAAUAAUCAGACAAGGACCAAAGAUGCAAGAUGAAGGAGUAGUUUUAGAAAGUGAGGAAAUGAACCAGACCAGUAAAGACAAGAUGGAUUAUGAAGAGCAAAAGGUCUCGGAUGAGCUCAUGAGUGAAAGUGAUUCCAGCAGUCUCAGCAGCACGGAUGCUGGCUUGUUUACUAAUGAUGAAGGAAGACAAGGAGAUGAUGAGCAGAGUGACUGGUUCUACGAGAAGGAAUCGGGUGGAGCGUGUGGCAUCACCGGUGUCGUGCCCUGGUGGGAGAAGGAGGAUCUCACUGAGCUGGACAAGAAUUUGCCAGACCCUGUCUUUGAGAGUAUCUUAACUGGUUCUUUCCCUCUUAUGUCAUAUCCGGGGAGAAGAGGUUUCCAAGCGAGACUCCGUCGCCUUCAAGGAAUGCCUUCAAAGAAUGCUAGGAGGUCCGGAGGGACCCCGCCUUCAAUGGCUACAAACUGGACCAGUGAGAUUCCCCUAUAAACCAAAUCUUCUAAUGCUAAUAAGUUAGUUACGUUUUGAACGUCUGGGGAAUGCCACCCAAGGGACCCUGGCUCCUGUCCUCUUCCCGGAGGAGACCACUGAAGGGAGAGCCUCUCUGGUGCAGAGAUGGGCCGUUCUGGCUGGAGGACUGGCGCUUCCUGGCAGUCAGAAGCGCCCCUGCUGGGGGAGGCUGUGCAGACGUAGGCAGGCCCGGGCAUGGAAAGUACUGUAAAUUCUAUAGAUUAUUUUCUUCUAUGAUUACUUUUUUACAAUGAACCCGUUUAUGUAUUACUUGCUUUGCCAAAACGCUAACAGAAGCGAGGCAGCUAAAACUUUCAGACUUAGCCCAAGUAUUUCUUAAUGUUUAAAUUGUGACUGGUUAAAGAAUUACCUUUUACAUAUGUGAUUGUUGUAAAUAAAAACCGUGGUACAUUGACAUUUAUCAUCAUUUUCAGAGAAAUUGUCUAUAACCAGCAUUAUUUAUAAUGUCUGAAUUUUACUCAGGGUAUUUUAACAAGGGCUAAGAGAAAUAGAUAAUAUUGAUAAUCUUUGGUGGAGUUUGUGUUCUGUUGUUGCCUUUCUACCUGGGUAAUGUGUCGUGUAUUGCAAACCCAUUGUACUUCGUGGUGUGGUUUUCAUUGUACUGCAGCCAUCAUCCUCCAUCUAAGCUACGACAGUAGUUACUAAUCUCUGCUGAGAGAAUCAUGUACUAUUAAUACUUUUAUACCAUCUGUUUGGUCAGAUGCCUGAAAUGUAUCACAAUUUUUACUUGGGCAUAGGGUUUAAUGAAAUCAUGUGCAACUUGGUAUUUUAACAAACUGUGUGAACCAUAUUGUCAUUGAUAAAAGUGGGCGCUGUUCACUCAUCUUAGAGUGGCAGGUCUGUGUGUCACUCUGAGUUUCUGCUGUACCUGCACAAGCUUAUUUUCCCCAGUCGGGGGUGGGGUAGGGAAUGUAACAUUUCUGUUGAUGGUGGACACCUAUACUAAGUUCAAGCCAUUCGAGUCCGUUACUGUGGUUAUAUUAAAAUGAUGAAUAUUUUUAUUCCCAGAAUGAUGAAGUCAAUGUGAUUUAAUAUGUAUAUUUUUAUAUUGUAUGGAUUGUCAAUUCAGCAUUUAAUGAUAACUUAAACAUGAUUAAAAUAGAAACUUAAAGUGGACCUUGCUUCUAAAGUUAUUGGAAUCUGAAAGAUUUUAUUCACAAAUGCAUGAAGCAGGAAUGUGUGACAUCUGUGUGUGACAUCUCCUUUUAGAUUGCUUGUCUAACUGGAGAGAUUCAAAAUGAAAAAGCCCACUUGAGUCUCUUUACUUUUGCGUAUUUAUUAAAGUGAUGAUUAAAGAAACAGUAGCGUGCUUAGAAGCUGUAAGUAUCCUUGUUUGUGCCGUGUGUUUGGAGCGAAAAUCCCUUUUCCCCCAAUUACAUGCACACUCUUGUUUUAUGUAACAACUGCCUUUCACAUCUGAGUAAGUCACUUGAAGACCUUGGCCUUUGAACUCUGCCUUUCCAGUCAUGAAUCUGGAUGAAUGCUAUCUCGUUCUUGGUUCAAUUUUACCUAUUUUUAUUUUUGGUUCACUGCUUGCUUGAGCAUAGCUGGGAUUUGUAGCCCAUUUUCUAGGCUUAUUGCAAUCUCACUGUGGUAUUUUAUAGGAGCUAUUACAACUGAUAGGUGAGCUUCAUGGCGUUGAUGAUACAUGGCUUAACCGUAUUAAAAGCUGCCUUCCUCUCUAAAUUGUAAAAAGGUGAUUAAGUUUCACUUGGUGGAGAUACGCUAUAUAUGUAUGUGUUUAUCACGGAACUAAUACGUUAGGCCAUAAACCAUUUCCUGGUCUGUGGGUUUUUUUUUUUUUUUUUUUUUUUCACUUAAAAUUUUACUGAAAACAAUGGACUCCUUCAGGUUUUCUUUCUUUCAACCCUGAAUUGUCCUUGUUUGAACUUUAAAGUACUAUAAGGUUUUUUUUUUCUUCACUAAAAGCUCUAACUUGGACAGCACAGGUAAGCGUUCUAAUUUGUGCUGAUAUAUUUUUCUGAUUUCCUGUGCUAAAUUUUUGUUGGUUUUGCUUACAUUAUGUGCAACUAGUUUAUAAAUCACAGCCUCACAAAACAGUCACCUUUCAACAAUAUUCAUGACUGGUGGUAGUAAGAAAUUUGUCCAUAUUAGAGCUUCACAGUGCAAGGCCAAGUUCUUUUCUAAGAGAGAUCAACUUUCUAAGCAAAGUCAAACACAUAUAGCUACAACCCACUAAGCAGAAUGACAGUGAAGGGCUUCUUUUUCUGAAAGAGAAAUGAGGACUGCAUGAAUGUCAUCAUGCGGUGUCUCGGGAGGAAGUGACUACAGGCACAUCUUGCUCUGAAGCAUCAUGCACACCUUUCUCUGGGGAAAUGUCCGUCGUGUAGUUGCGGGCAGCCCUGCUUACUUGGCUUGGUCAUGUUCUGUGAAAUCAGUGUGCACAUCCGGCUAGGGAUACGGAGCAUUGUUCCUAGGGGAAGGAGAGGAGUGGGAUCCUGGAGCCCCUGGGCUCACAUUUUCCCUACUCGGUGAGUGCAUGGCCUUGCUUCAUGUAGGUUUGUGUUUAAGGACAUUCACUGUACAUCUUUGCCCUGUUAACAAUGAACUCCUGUAGGUAGCGCUGCCACUCAGGCUUGAGUUAACACGUGUUUUCUCUGUCAGACACCCCACAGCCUUCUUGUACCCUCUGCUGACAGCACUCUCAGCUCUAUACUAGAGGGCCACGUCAUACAGAGAAUCACCAACAAAAAGCAUAAAGAAAUGGUAAGCCUUGCACGAAACAGGCCACAGAGAGGACCCCUGUUCACAGUGCCAGAGGCUGAGAGCACAGGCAGAGUCGCCUCGCUGACCUCCUCAGGCCAGGAGUGUGGCUCCGCCUUCUCCGGGCUGGGUGAGUCUGGGAGUGAUUGCAAAAGCUCCGGAGUACUCAUUCUGGAGCCACUAGUAAGUUAUGGCCAGUAGGAGGCUUUGCAAAGGGUGGACUCUUCACAUAGGACUAGGAUGGCUGUACUUCAGAGAGUAAAGACUGUGGAAGGAAUUGCCCAGAUUUUCAAGUCAGACCUUUGAGAAUCUACAUCCUGGCUCUUGCAUUGUUACCUGUGAUUACAUUUUGAACCUUGAUUUCUUCCUUUGUUAAAUACAGACAAAACUGUUCAGAGCUGUGUCUGGGUUCAAAUGAAAUUAUGCGCACAGAAUGGACCUCGCCUGCAUUAGACAUGUAGUGCGUAUUCAAGUAGAUGGUAGUUAUUGUUAUUAUGAUUAAAUAUCAAGCCCAGUGGCUGGUGCGUUAAGUUGCAUUACUAAGAGUCAAAGUGCAGAGUUUCAGACUUUCAGCUUAUUAUUUAUACUUGAUACAAUGUUUGCUUUUAUAUGGAAUAUUUAGAGUGCUGUGUAUCCUGGCCUUUCAAGUUUCUUUUAUACUUCAUUUAUAUUUGUCUUAGACCCCAUGUUUAAUAUGAUCUGGGAAAAAUAAUUUUAAAUGAUUUUAGCUUGGCAGCCAAUGCAGUAAAUCUCAGAAUUUGAUUGCAACCUGAAAAACUCCUCUACGUUUUUUAUCCACCUCCCCUUCCCAAUCAUGCUAUUUGUUUUUAAAAAGAACUAUACCGUAUAGGAGAUUUCAGGCUAGACAAUUCUGAUUUUUACAAACAAUUGUGUCCAAAUACGGAUAUAGACAGAGUUGUGAGAAUUUAGUUUUGAUGGGAAUUACUGAGUAUCUUGUUUGGUAGUAAAAAAAUCAGCUUCUAGGAUGCUAGUUAGCCAAGGCUCCAAUUCUCUACUUUUAGGGGAGCUAAUCCAGAUUUAGCCUGAACCUAUAUCCAGAAUUUGUUCAUAAAGCACGAUUCCCAUUGUGCCAGGUCACUUCUGGGUGAUAGCACUUGGGAAGUGGAGCUGUAUAAGCCCACGGAAGUACAGCCUUGCAGCUGCGCAGGGUGACCUCCUCCCAAGCAUUGUCACUCAGCAGUGUUCUCUGAAGGCGAGAGGUGGCUUCACUUCUCUUUUGGAACUAAUGAUCUAUCAGCAGAUGUUGUAUCUGUCCACUGAAAGAUAGCCUUCAAAUUGUGAGGAUUAGGAAGUCAAUGGUUCACCACAGUGCUGUACUUAAAAGGUAAUGCAAGUUUUAUACAAGAAAUAACCAGGUUUUAUAUGGUUGGAAUGAGAAUACAUAAAGUAGUAGUUGCAUACGUGUUUAUUAUGCCAAAGCAAGUGAAUGUGAUUUGAUAGACUUCUUAUUUAUACAUGUUCAUCAGGCUUAAAAACCUGGAAAAAUAAUGUGAGCAUUAAAACUUAAUAUAAAUUGUCAUGAUGUAUGAAAAAAGGAUACUGUUUACAUAUAUAGUAGUUGUCCAGGGCAUAAUUUAGACCUGUUCAAAAUUUUGAGUCAGUUCUGUAGGAGAAAAGGAAUUUUAUAGAUAUUUUCUUCUAUGAUGUCAUAGCAAAAUGGGCUCUGGGAGUGUCAUGGUGAUAAAUAAAUGGCAUUCAUGUUAUAGAGAUUGACUUCCUUU